AUGAGAAUAUGAGCUGUGUUACAAAUAUAAGCUCCUGUCUAAUAUUUUAUUUGCUUUACCUCUGUAAAUUGAGGCAGAAAUGAAAUUCCUGAAAACCAAACUUAUUGGUUGUGAGGUCCCAUAGGAACCUACGUCAGUAUUUGUAAAGAAGAGUCAUCUACAGCCUAUCUUAGGCAAACUGUUUCCUGAUAAUUAAGCUAACAUUUCACAGACCUGUAGGACAAACUGAAGAAUGUGUUUUGGGAGAGAUGCCUAAGCUAUCAGAGGACAGAAUUGUUUUAUAAGUUCCCAAACAAUAGCGAUAUUUAAAAUAUAUUCUUAAAGGACAUUAUACUUGCAGCUUGUUAGACUUUGAUGCUCUUUAUUAUCCACAAUUACAGAAGGAUAAUUUGCCUGAGAAAAAUUCAUUGCCAACAGCAUGCUAGACAUCCAUUUCAACUCCUGAGGAAAUAACUAUUGCAAGCAACCCAACCUACUGUGUUUUCUAUGUAAUGCACUGCUUGUUCUGCUCAGUGUGACUUCAGGUACAACUGUAUUUCCAAAAGGCACCCCAGUCAGCUGUGAAUGCAUACGGAUUCCCCAGUAUCAAUCAGAGAAUAGGAUUUCAAAUAUCCUGAGCCCAGAAACAUGCCUGGCACUUGUGGCUGGCUCUGCAUCUAAAUACCCCGGAUUUUUCCAAUCUCUUCUGGCUCACCUGAAGGAUCACAGGUGCUGUUUGGGGAAAAUACCCUAUUAUGGGCUGUGAAGAGCUGUCUAUAAUCAGUGUGUCCCAUAUCUUGUAACCAGUUAUUUUGCUUAGCUUUAUUUUGAAGACAGAGGAACAAAUAAAUGAGAGAGCAGACCCAAGCACUGAUGAACUUUGAACUUAUUUGAAUGUGAAGCUGAUUAGCCACAAUUGAGAGAGCACAAAACCCCAAUCGGAACACUCUGAAAUUCAACACAUGAAGCUCCUGGAUCUAAAUCCUGUGCAUGCAUCUUCACCUUUAUCCAUCUUUACCUGUGAGAGAGAAAAGCAGCUUCAAAUCGUUUCCUUCCCAGAAGUGUGGGACUGCUUCUCCACUGUGUAAUCCUGCUGAGCUGAGAGAUGACGCAGAGAGUGUCCCAGCUUCUGGACCCCGGGUUUUCCCCAAGUGUCAGGUCACUCCUCCUCACAGGUGAUUGUUUACCAUCAUCAUCUGAAAGAACUGCAUCUUCCAUGACUAGAUUUACAGGUACAACCACUUCAAAAAAAAAAAAAAAAAAGUAUUCACAGCGAGGUAAAUAUGCAGGUUUAUUGCAGCCAAGCCACUCCUUUCAGUACUCAUUCCUUCUUAGACAUCUGCUCGCCGAUGUUAAAACCCUGAGCACCUUUGGCAAGGGGAGGGAACUCUGAGAUCUGCAGCACCUGUAGCAGGGGAGCAAUAUUUAGGAAGGAAGUGGUGUCAGAGGAAAAGCAGCAGCUUCAACUUGUGUCCCAAGACAAGUGAAUCUUGAUGACAGCAGUUUAUCAUUAACCUGAACACUGCAAGAAGCAUAUAAGGAGGGAAAGAAGAAGAAAGCCAGAGAAACAUCCAGGAUGGAUUCCACCACCAUAAGGAUCAACAAUGCUGCGGACAUCUCUGUUAUUGUCCUCUAUUUUGUGAUAGUCCUGGCAGUGGGAAUAUGGGCUAUGUACUCAACCAACCGAGGGACAGUGGGUGGAUUCUUUCUGGCUGGACGGAGCAUGGUUUGGUGGCCGAUUGGUGCUUCACUCUUCGCCAGUAACAUUGGCAGUGGACAUUUUGUGGGCAUAGCAGGAACAGCAGCAGCUGGAGGAAUUGCCAUUGGAGGGUAUGAAUGGAAUGCUCUGAUAUUUGUGGUUGUUCUAGGAUGGCUGUUUGUACCCAUCUACAUCAAAGCUGGGGUGGUGACAAUGCCGGAGUAUCUGAGGAAGCGAUUUGGUGGGAAACGGAUUCAGGUCUACCUGUCAGUCCUUUCACUGGUCCUGUAUAUUUUCACAAAGAUCUCAGCAGACAUAUUUUCUGGAGCUGUGUUUAUACAGUUGGCCAUGGGUCUGAAUCUGUAUCUGGCUAUUAUUAUCUUGCUUGGUAUUACUGCUCUUUACACCAUCACAGGUGGCCUCGCAGCUGUGAUUUACACAGAUACCUUGCAGACGUUUAUCAUGGUUGUGGGAUCUUUCAUUCUCAUGGGAUUUGCAUUUAGAGAGGUUGGAGGGUAUGAUGCAUUCAUGGAGAAGUAUAUGACUGCAGUUCCAUCCAAUAUCACCUAUGGAAAUAGUACGAUUGAUUCAAAAUGCUAUACUCCUCGAGCAGAUGCUUUUCACAUCUUCCGAGAUGCUGUCACUGGAGAUCUGCCAUGGCCAGGGCUUACUAUUGGUUUGAGCAUCAUUACUCUGUGGUACUGGUGCACAGAUCAGGUUAUUGUCCAAAGAUGUCUCUCUGGCAAGAACAUGUCCCAUGUGAAGGCUGGGUGUGUGAUGUGUGGAUACCUGAAGCUCUUGCCCAUGUUUAUCAUAGUGAUGCCUGGAAUGAUCAGCCGAAUUUUGUAUCCAGAUGUGGUGGCUUGUGCUGUGCCUGAAGUCUGCAUGCAGGCCUGUGGCACCUCCGUGGGCUGUACAAAUAUUGCUUAUCCAAAAAUGGUAGUAGAGCUUAUGCCAAAUGGUCUACGAGGUCUGAUGUUAUCAGUCAUGUUGGCAUCCCUUAUGAGCUCCUUGACUUCCAUUUUUAACAGUGCUAGUACGCUGUUCACUAUGGACAUUUACACCAAAAUUAGAAAACGACCAUCAGAGAAAGAACUUAUGUUAGCUGGAAGGGCAUUUAUGGUGGUUUUAAUUGGCAUCAGCAUCGCCUGGGUUCCUGUGGUGCAGUCAGCUCAAAGCGGGCAGCUCUUUGAUUACAUUCAGUCAGUUACCAGCUACCUGGGACCUCCCAUUGCUGCUGUCUUCCUGCUUGCUGUCUUCUGCAAGCGAGUAAAUGAGCAGGGUGCCUUUUGGGGCCUCGUGGUUGGGCUGCUGGCUGGACUUGGUAGAAUGAUAUCAGAGUUUGCCUAUGGAACUGGUAGCUGUGUGGCCCCUUCCAACUGCCCGUUCAUCAUCUGUGGGAUUCACUACCUUUAUUUUGCAAUUAUUCUGUUUGGGAUUUCUGCCAUCGUUAUCCUGGCAGUCUCCUUCAUGACUAAACCAAUUCCUGAUGUACAUCUUUAUCGCUUGUGCUGGACUUUGCGGAACAGCAAAGAGGAACGUAUUGAUCUCGAUGCAGAUGAUGAGGAGGAGAAACCUGAUGAAAAAGAUAAGGAAUCAGUUUCAGAGGAAAGUGAAGAGCCAGGAUGCCUAAGGAAAGCUUACAACUGGUUCUGUGGCUUAGAGCAACAAAAGGGACCCAAACUGAGCAAGGAGGAAGAGGAAGCUCUGAAGAAGAAACUGACUGACACAUCAGAAGUGCCGCUUUGGAGGAAUGUUGUGAAUAUCAAUGGCAUCAUCCUACUGACUGUGGCUGUAUUUUGCCAUGCCUUUUUUGCAUAAGCCUCUGAUUGCAGUUCUGAAAUCGUACUGUAUUGUCAAGCAGAAACAAUGAGUUGUAAACUUACACAGAUUCAUUUAGUAUUUUCAUGCUCUAAGUUUGUAAAAAUCAGGGUAAUUUACUUACUGAUUUUGUGAUCAUAAUUUCAACAAUCUCAAGAUCAAGAGUACUGGGAGUUCAAGAAAGAGAAUUUCCGUUUGGAAAUUGAAUCAGUCCAGGAUUAAUAGAGGUUCAGAAUUUCCAUCCAAUAUUCUCCUCAUGAUACAUUUCAUAUUUUAGGUGCAGAACAAGACUGCACGAACCAUUGGCUCAUUUCAUGAGCCAUUUAUCAGGGUUUGUG